GUUGAAAUCCGAACGUUGACCGAAAUUGUUCGCUCUACCGAAACGCCCCAUUAAGAGACCGAGAUAUUGUUUUCCCUUUUUUGUUUCUGUUAUUACUGGAACUACUCCGAUCGUGGUUCGGUCUGUGAUAAGCCGACGACGGACGCCGGACAGUGGGGAAAACUCUGCUAAGCACGAGAUCAUUCCAAGCCUCUCUUCUCCACUCUCCCACGGAAGCGUUUGCGCCGUCGCUACGUACGCCACCUGAUAAGAUCUUUAUCGCUCUUUAUCACGUCUGCCGUCUGCUGCCGCGCCGCUCACUCUACUCCCACUCGCUCUCCUGCUCUCGUAUCAGUAGCAGCAGCAGAAGCAGCAGCAGCGACGCCGCGACGCAUUUUUGGCAUUCUUCUUGAGCACUUCCUGCUCCUCCGUCGGAAAAUGCCGCAGCCGAAGCAGCAAAAGCAGCAGAAACAUUCCAAUUCCACAAUCUCCACACGAGAACGUGAUCGGGAGCGGACACAGACCAUCGGGGAGACGGACAUGGAUCAGUCGGUGUUGAAUGGACUGGCGACAAUGAGCCUCGACGGUGUCUCCAGUUUCCAUGGCCACAAGCGUGAGCUGGGCCACAGAGUAUUCGUGAACAGAUCGCUGCAUCUGGAGAACAUCAAGUACUAUGGCUUCGACAUGGACUACACACUGGCAGAGUACAAGUCUCCGCAGUAUGAGCAGCUGGGCUUCAAUCUGGUCAAAGAGCGCCUCGUCUCGAUGGGCUAUCCGAAGGAGAUUCUGCAGUUUGAAUACGAUCCAACGUUCCCCGUGCGCGGCCUCUGGUUCGACACACUCUACGGCAAUCUGCUGAAGGUGGAUGCCUACGGCAACAUCUUGGUCUGUGUGCAUGGCUUUGAGUUCAUCAAGCACCACCAGGUGUACGAGCUGUACCCGAAUAAGUUUCUCAAGCUGGACGAGUCGCGUGUCUAUGUGCUGAACACACUCUUCAAUCUGCCGGAAACCUAUCUGCUCGCCUGUCUCACUGACUUCUUCAACAACAGCAGCGAAUUUGUGCGCGUUGAGCGCGGCAUCAAAGCUGGUGAUUUCCUAUUCACGUACAAGUCCAUUUUCCAGGACGUGCGUCGCGCCGUCGACUGGGUGCAUUCCGAUGGUGACCUCAAGCGACGAACCACUCAGAACAUGGCUCACUAUGUGAAGAAGGAUGAGCGUCUGCCAACGGUGCUCUCACGCAUUCGGGAGUCCGGCGCAAAGCUCUUUAUGCUGACGAACAGCGACUACACGUACACCAAUGAGAUCAUGACAUACCUGUUCGACUUCCCCCACGGCGCCACACCGAAUGAGCCGCACAGGGACUGGAAGAGCUACUUCGAUGUGAUUGUCGUGGAUGCCCGGAAGCCGCUCUUCUUCGACGAGGGCACCGUGCUGCGGCAGGUGGACACAAAGACUGGGGGACUGAAGAUCGGCACACACAUUGGGCCGCUGCAGCCGGGCCAAGUGUACUCGGGCGGCUCCUGUGAGCUCUUCACCAAGUUCAUCAAUGCCAAGGGCAAGGAUGUGCUCUACGUGGGCGAUCACAUAUUCGGGGACAUCCUCAAGUCGAAGAAGAUCCGCGGCUGGCGCACCUUCCUCAUCGUGCCGGAGCUGGUGCGGGAGCUGCACGUGUGGACGGACGAGUGCCAGCUGUUUGCGGAGCUGCAGAACCUCGACAUUAAGCUGGGCGAUCUCUAUCGCGACCUCGACUCGAGUGCCAAGGAGAAGCCGGACAUCUCCCAGCUGCGCACGUGCAUUCGGGACGUGACACACAAAAUGGACAUGUCGUACGGCAUGAUGGGCUCGCUCUUCCGCUCUGGCUCCCGUCAGACAUUCUUCUCCAGCCAGGUGGUGCGGUACGCCGAUGUCUAUGCCGCCACCCUGCUCAACCUCAUCUACUACCCGUUCUCGUACAUGUUCCGCGCGCCCGCCAUGCUGCUGCCCCAUGAGUCGACGGUGGCCCACGAUCAGGCCCAUCAGCCGCCCCCAUCGGCGGCUCCCUCCUUCGAAGAGGCACCGCGCAACGCCUCCGGCAGUGACGUCAUCAAGGAUCAAGCCACCAAGGAUGCCAAGGAUCUGCAUCGUGCUAGCUCCAUUGUCCACACACGUCCCUCGACACCCACUGUGGUGACUCACACCCACGACGAGGACUACUCCGAGGAGGAGGAGAUACCCAGCGGCGGCGAAUCUUCGUGCACGGAGCAGCAGCAGCAGCAGCAGCUACGCGCCGCCUCCGAUGACUAGUGUGAGGGCUUAGGCCUUUCCCUACUCAGAGCCCAACUGCAGUUUGUAGAUCAACGAAUUUUCUUCUCAAAAGUUCUCCAUUUCCCCAUAAAAUACCCGAAACCCAUCCCCCCAUCCCCCCCUCCCCCGAAUACAAAACUGAAAGCAGAAGCAAUUAAUUGAAAAACGUACGAUUUUCCCUGGCGAUUUUAAACGCGUGAAAAAAUAUACCAUACAGAUAUACAGUUAUGAUAUAUAUACAUAUAUAUACAUUAUAUACAUUAGCUGGUUCCAUUAAUACAUAUGAUGUGUCUAUUUUUUUUUAAAUUAAUUAAUUAAUAAACUAAAAUGCUGUAAUUGAAA